UUCACGUGAGGUUGGUUUGAAACGGUUGGGCGCGCGGAUAGCGUUUUCGCUGUACUGUGUCGCCAAAAACAGAGCGGCAGAAGAAGACUCCGAUCUCUCACACUCUAGUAGAGGGAUAGCUUGAUCCAAAUCACAUUCCGUUCUUCCUCACAGUCGGUGCAGAGAUACCCCAACCCCACAACCCAGCUCGGCACAGAAACAUUUCUGGUUUCGCACAGUUCGGUACAGAGACUCUCGGACUCAAUUUUUUUUUUGUUUUUCACCCAAUACCCUGUUUGAGUUCGUACCAAAACUUCUUGGACUCCGUCGUUCAGAACCAGUGGCUGAUCGAAAGGAUUCUCCGUUUGAAAGGUGGGGGAAGGGGACGCAGAUUGGCUGAAAAUGCGACCGGGAGUGUUGCAUUGUAAAUGCACAAAAUGUUUCUCACUGCUCACGAAACACAAAAUUAAGAAACGUUCACCUGUCUUGACGCUACUCAAUCUUCCUGAUGAUGUUCUGCUUUAUGUAUUGGAAUGCCUUCCUGCUCAAGAUAUUCUGCAUUUCAGAGCGGUGCACUCUCAUUUCCGAGCCCUUGUAGAUAGUCACUCUAGUGUUUGGGCCCAUGCGAACUUUCAGGAGAUCUGGCCAUCCCCAUUAAAUCGGUGGCUGUUUGAAAGGGCUGCAGAAAGUGGAAAUUUUGAGGCUGCUGUAAAACUAGGAAUAGCCUACCUCUAUAACGAAGGACUUUCUGUUUCGGAUGAAGGUCGUGCAGAAGUGAAUGGACUGAAGGCCUCCCACUUCUUUAGUCUGGCUGAAAGUCUGAAUGUUGAUGCUAACCCCUUUAUUUGGUUGUUCAUCAGACCACCCUGGUCUCUGACUGGGAGUUGCUGUAAGGCAGUUGUCUAUGAUAGUUUAAAGAGCAAAUGCCAGUUGCAAUCAGCAAAGAAGGCGUCACUAACUUACUGUUUGGCCAAAGUUCUCAGUCUCUUUGAGGAUGAAGAGAAACAGAAACAGGCUGUAAUAAUGUUUGAAGAGUCUUCCAAUUAUGGAUGCUUAUCAAGUUCUUACCACUUAUGGGAGACAAACCGGAAAGAAACAGUGGCUGAUCCUGGUAGGCAUCUUCAGAACCUUAGGAAACUCAGGGAUUUCGCAACUAAAGGAUGCUGGGAAGCACAGAUGUCAUUAGCAAAAGCCUGCGGAAGUGCCAAUCUGUUGGGUAUGACAUCUGUAGCUACGAAAGAGUUUGUUGUUCAAGUUUUUCAGUCUUCCCAGCCUUCUUACAAACAGAAAAUGUUCAAAGUACAAAAGGGCAUGAAUGACACAAUGAGAUAUAUUCUAAUUGAUUGGUUAGUAGAGGUGACCAGCAUGAAGGAUUUUUCCAGCUUGUGCCUGCAUGUCACAGUGGCAAAUGUGGACCGGUAUCUGAUGCUGCGCUGUGUACCCAGAGGCCAACUACAGCUAUUAGGGAUUGCUUGUAUGGUUAUUUGCACAAGGUUUAUUAGUAAAGAGAUCCUGACAAUUCGUGAAGCUGUUUGGCUUACAGAUAACACAUACAAAUAUGAGGAUCUAGUACGAAUGAUGGGAGAGAUCAUUUCUGCACUUCGAGGAAAAAUUAAAAUACCCACCAUUUUAGACUAUGCAGAAGUACUACUGGCAGUAGCUCCACUAGAAAGACGUACCAAGCACCUCUUUAACUACAUCUGUGAACUUUCGUUACUGUAUAUAGACCUCUCUGUUUAUUCCCCUGCAAUGACAGCAGCAGCUGCCUUACUAUUAGCACGAAUACUUCACAAACAAGUCCUCCCAUGGUCAAGUCAGCUGACUGAGUCCACUGGUUUUACAUUGGAAAAUCUAAUUCCAUGUGUAGUGGAUCUACAUAAGAAAUGUUUCCAUAAUGAAGCACCCAGGGAUUAUAGGCAUGUGUCUCUCACAGCUGUAAAGCAACGAUUUGAAGAGGAGCGUUAUCAGCAAAUUAGCAAGGAAAAGGUGAUGGAUUACAGUGAACUAUGUACUCUACUAGGAAUUAAGGAGGAGAAGGAAUCUUCACCACUACUUUCUGCUAACAAUAAUUCUGAGAUUCAGACUUUUUUGACAUCUCCUUCAGGCAACAAAACAAAACGACGAAGAGAGGAUAGUUUUCGAGAAGAUAGAGGCAACUUUGUGGCAACUCCAAUUGUUGAAUUAUCUAACCAUGAGGAUACACUUCUGGGAGAAUUCCUCGAUUGGAGUUUAGACUUGUCCUGUGCUGGGUAUGAAGGAGACGAGGAAAGUGAGGGUGAGAAAAGUGCUGAUGUCAGUGGUAUCAAUGAAGUUGAGAAUGUAGCUGCUGUCAUUGGGAGGUAUGAACACUGUUGUGAAGCUACAAGUGAAGACAGUGAAGAUGACCAAUUAAUGAAUGGUCAGUUCUUGCCAGCGUCAUGGAGACCUACAGCAAAAAAUGAAGCUUAUUUUAACACCAGUGAAUCUGCAGAAUUUUGUGUCUUAAGAAUGCCUCAGGGGGAGCUCAGCUCAGGAUACUCAUCUGUUAACAGUGAUAGCCCCACACUAACAAAUACUAGACAAUCAUUACCUUCUACCUCAAGACUAUCUCCCACAAUAGAGUUCAUAAAGCCAGUGCCUUCAUCUUGUAGUACAGAAAACUUACUUCUGACUCAUAAAGUUGAGCCUUUUGGGUCGGAGCAUAGGCCUCAUAGGAGACCUGUCAAACGCAAGAAUAGAGCCGAACAUGACAAAGAUGACUGGAAUUCAGGUUUUGUGAGUGUUUGAAAGAAAAAUAUCUUCAAGUUUGUGAACAAGUGCUGUUAAAUUAGAAUGCAUUUGAUUUGGUUAAUAAAGCAAUAUCUAAUCUGUACCACAUUGUAGGACAAAAUAGUUUGGACAGUGAUCUGGUUUCCAGAUGUCUGUGCUUUAAUUUUCAGUGGACAUAUAAAUUAGCUGCUUUCCUUGACACCUUGAAAACAGCUAAAAUCUGCACUGACCAAAGCCCAGUGUUGAUAUCUGCCUGCUAAUACUGCCUUUUUUUCCUCAAGGCACUGAAAUUCUAUCAUAGCACUUUUGGUUUAAAAACCACUGCCUUUUACAGAAAUUGAUGAGGCUUUUUGUUACCACUUGGAGUUUCAACACUAAGGUAAAAAAUCAUUGUCUUGAAUAUUAGACCGUGUUUACAGAUUGACAAAGCCACUUGACCUUUUAUGAUUACACUUCUAACUGGAAUGAAUUAAAUACUCCACAAUAUUGUAUCCAGCGAUAGAUGGAGAGGAAACAGAUCUCUAUUCAUUGUGUCCAAUUUCAUUUUGAAAUGCUUAGUUUUUUUUGUUAGUAUGAUUUUUUAUUUGGACUGGGAGAAUCUGAAGACCUGGUUAACAAACUGCUCAGUUACAGACUGGAAAUUUUACUUCACUAAAUGAUUCCUGCAUGAUUAAAUGGAAACCUCCUGUGCAUUUUUAUAUGCUGAAGCUAUUGAUUUGGCAGUUAAGUAACAAAAGAAUUAAUCACUGCUAAAAUUAAUAUAUAGGCAAGCUAUGAAAAUGAACUAUGGUGAAACCAGGUAAUUUGCAGGAAAAUCUUUCAGGGAAUAUUUGGAAAAAAUAGGGAUCUUGUAAUUUUCAACUUAAAAUUAAGUCUUGAUGGGCUUUAGGCCCUGAAAACUAGCAGGUACAUAAACUAAAAGUAUUUUAAAACUUGUGAUUAUGUUGACUUGAGUGCAUUUUUAUUGAAAUGAAUUUCAUUUUGGUUUACAUUUUAAUUGUAAAUGGAAUUCAGUUAUAUUUUUUUGUAAAAAGAAAUGACUGCUUUGUGAUCCAAAUAUUUUAAAAUGACUGGAUGUGAAAAAUAUGUAUGGGUGCUCAGAGUUUCAAGUUAUCAAAUCUACAAUCUUGAGAUUUUGUUCAGUAAAACUGAUUGCAGUGUCGUGAAUGUUAAAUGUAUUCUGUUUCCUACCAUCCAGACAACUAUGCAUCACUUCAGAUUUAAUGUUUCCUACUUGUCUCAACUCUUGAGACUAUUGCAUCUUAAGAAUAUCGGCAUGCAUGCCAGUUAUGAACUCUGUUCUCAGACCCAAAAAAAGUCUGCUUUGAUCCUUUAAGAGCUAUACAUUUGGAAGUGUUCUGAUGUUCAGGAAACUAAUUGAAAAUGACAAGUAUUACUUACAUUCUAUGAACAUUUGUACAAUCAUAAUUGCCUUACUCUGUUUCUUUGAGUAUCUCUGUGAAUAUUUAAAUGUUUGCAGCAUGUAACUUUGGAAAACGUACAUCUGUAUUUAACUGUCAAUUAAAUGUACAGUUUUUACCUAUAUGCAGUUCAUUGUAAUCAAGGUAAAUUGGUUAAAGUAGUUAAUUGAUGUUUUGGUGCACAUAUUUUACAUUGUAUAGUUUGAUUUAAAUGUCAUCUUUCAUAAAGCGGUUUCCCUACAGGUUCUGGAAUUAAGCCUGACAUGUUGGGAUGGAAUCUUUUAGUGUUGAACAUUUUAGUUUAAAAUUACAGCUAUUAAUGUGUUGUCAGUUUGGAUAUUUGUGAACUGGGGAUAUCACUGGAUAACAAACAUAUUUUGCAUCAUUCCUGUGCAAAACAGCCUUCAAAGCCACAUGUAUUUUGUGACCUAAUCUAAAAAUAUCAGAGGUAUUGGUUACAAAUGUAUUGAAGUCUAACUGAUAGUUAAAAUAAAAGUGGAGUUUCUUGAUACUCACUGACCUACUAUAUGUAGUCAGUGAGUUGAGCAAUGUACUUUUCUUUCCAGUUUCACUCCAGUGCUUAAUCUUUCAUUUCCAGGUGUUCUUCAAACUUUUGCUUGAAUGUGUUUGAUAGAAUUUCAGGAGUGCAAUUUUAAAAAAGACAAAAUCAGGCAAAAUAAAAUUGAGAGAAAACUGAACAAUCAUGACAGAAGGUUUGAGUUGGCAAUAUUUUGAGUAUUCCUACUGCCCCUCAAGUCACCUUUCUAAUAUGGGAAAAAGAUAUUUAUAUCUGUGUAAAUCAUCAACAUUUUAGACAUUCAGUGUGAACUGGGUUGUGUACUUAUGGAAUUGAUGGCAGACCAGGAUCUAAUGAUUUUACUUUGCCCUAAAACAUUCUCUUUACCCUCCCUUUGUGUGUCUGUAACUCUGGAUUUUAGUAGAAUGAAGUAUGAUCUCAUUGCAACGAAAAUGAUUGAGGUGAUUGAAGAAGUCAAUGUUGUGAAGCAGUUUCCCAUGGCUGCAGUGACUGGAACUAGGAAACAUUUUUGAAAUUCUCUACUCCAAAGUAUGUUCAAGAUGAGAGCAAAGCUUUUGGACUCAUUGAAUACAAAAAUGUAAUUUUAAAUUUGUCUGUCUGAUUUUAGCACAUGCAGAAUCUACAGCUG